UAAUGGAAGGCUGGCAGUUCACCACAUACCCUCCACCUUCUCUCUGUCUCUGGAGAAUGACCAUGAAGACCUUCAUGAAGACUUCAUCACUGUUUCUGAUGCUGUGCGGUGCUCUGCAGCUGACCUCAGCUAAUCCUUUAGCAGGUGAGAUGGCAAACAGUCGCUGCUGCAUUAAUGAAAUCAAUGUCAGAAUACCUCUGAAACGGCUCGAGUCUUAUUACUGGACAAGCAGCAGUUGCCCUCUCAAACACAUUGUUUCCUAGGGAUAGCAUUCAGAAGAAACAAUUCUGUACAGACCCUAAAAAAAAGUGGGUCCAGCAGGCCAUUAACUACUUGGACAAGAAACAUGCUUGAAAUUUAACUAAAUGAAAAUUUAAAUACAUUUUCAACAUUUCUACACAGAUACACACACACACACAUCUGUAUAUAUAUGAGAAAAAAUGUAAAAUAUACUUACUACUGUACUGUAUUGUAACUUUUCAGAGCGUUGUGUAUGUAAAUGUGUUGAUCUCAUCAUUAUCAAUAGGCUACUGUUCUGUACAUUUUUAAUGAGCUGUAUUAUAACUACACUGUAAAAAAAAUAAUUGUAAUUUUAACUGUAAAAUUUUGUAAUAAUGCUACGGACAAAAACUGUUAAUAGGUUAACAGUAAGUUCCUGUACUAUAUACAGGGAAAAAGUGUAAAAGCCCUAACCAGACAUUUGAUGUAAUUUUACAGUAAAAUGCUGUUAAUUGUACAGUUUUUAGAAGUAAAAAAGAACAAAUUAAUGUAUAAUUUACAGUCAAAAACUGUAAACUGAUAUUCCCAGAAUUCCCUGCACGACACUCCACAUUUGAAAGUAUUUUGUUU